GUUCAGAGGCAUCAGCAGACGGAUGUCAGGAGUGUUCACGUGUAUGAAAAUCAAAGAUGGAACCCUAUGACGGGAUACACAGACAAAGGACUUCCCACUGACCGACCCAUGUGGAGUGAUGAGAGCGGACUGAAGGAGUGCACCAAAGGCAACACGCACCCGCCCUCCCCUCAGUGGUCCUGGGUGUCAGAGUGGGCUGUGGACUACAACGUCCCUGGAGGGACAGACAAAGAAGGCUGGCAGUACGCUGCGGACUUCCCUGUGACUUUUCACGGCCACAAAACCAUGAAAGACUUUGUCAGGCGCAGAAGAUGGACGAGGAAGUGUAAGAUCACAGUGAGAGGUCCGUGGCAGCAGGUGCCGCCCAUCCGUCUGAGUGACAUCUCUCUGAUGCCUUGCCUGGCUCAAAGCAGGAUGGAGCAGGUCCCCGUUUGGGCCCUCAGUGACAAGGGAGAUGUUCUGUGUCGCCUGGGAGUCAGCCCCCAAAACCCUGCGGGCAGCUCCUGGCUCCAUGUGGGCACAGACCAGCCUUUUAAGUCUAUCAGCAUCGGCGGAGCCAACCAGGUAUGGGCGAUCGCCAAGGACGGAGCUGUUUUCUACAGAGGAUCUGUUUCCCCACAAAAUCCUGCAGGAGAAUGCUGGUACCACAUCCCGUCUCCCCCCAAGCAGACUCUCAGACAGCUGUCUGUUGGACGGACCUCUGUCUUUGCUGUGGAUGAAAACAGUAACCUGUGGUACAGACAGGGCCUCACCCCCAGCUAUCCUCAGGGCUCUGCGUGGGAGCUCAUCUCAAACAAUGUCACCAAGGUUUCUGUGGGACCGCUGGACCAGGUGUGGAUCAUAGCAGAUGGAGUUCCAGGUUUCCCCUCUGAGACUCCCGGAGCCGUCUGUCACAGGCUGGGGUUAGGACCCAUGCAACCCAAGGGCCAGUCCUGGGACUAUGGUAUAGGGGUGAGUUCAUUAUCAUUAAGUCCCUGCAAUGCAUAUUUUAAUAAUAAUGUGAAA